AAAAAAUCAAAUAAUUUUCUUUGAUGCGCCUAUAGGCUACACGCGACGAGAAGAGCGAGAGGGGAGAGAAAUAGAGGAGAAUCUCUCAAAUUCUGGGUUUAAGCUGAUCUGGAUCUUCAAUUUCGAAUCUCAAUUUUGCUUUUCUGGUUUUUUAAGCUCAGAAAUUUAGGGCUUUUGUCUUCUUGCUGCAUUUCUGGUUCUCAAUUCUCUGCCUCUUUUGAAAAUGGAUGGAUCAGGUGGGAGAGGUGGAGUGGAAUCGAUUCUACCAAAUUACAAGCUCGGUAGGACUCUUGGUAUUGGCUCCUUUGGUAGGGUGAAGAUAGCUGAGCACGCGUUGACAGGACAUAAAGUUGCUAUCAAAAUCCUCAAUCGUCGCAAAAUCAAGAACAUGGAGAUGGAAGAGAAAGUGAGGAGAGAGAUCAAAAUCUUGAGACUGUUUAUGCAUCCUCACAUUAUCCGUCUCUAUGAGGUCAUAGAGACUCCGACAGAUAUCUAUCUUGUCAUGGAAUAUGUGAACUCUGGUGAGCUAUUUGACUAUAUUGUAGAGAAGGGUAGAUUGCAGGAGGACGAGGCGAGGAACUUUUUUCAGCAGAUAAUAUCGGGAGUGGAAUAUUGCCACCGGAAUAUGGUUGUUCAUCGAGACCUUAAGCCUGAAAACUUGCUUUUAGACUCGAAAUGCAAUGUAAAGAUUGCUGAUUUCGGCCUGAGCAAUAUAAUGCGAGAUGGUCAUUUUUUGAAGACAAGUUGUGGAAGUCCAAAUUAUGCUGCUCCGGAGGUCAUUUCGGGCAAAUUAUAUGCUGGCCCUGAAGUAGACGUCUGGAGCUGUGGUGUGAUACUGUACGCUCUUCUCUGUGGGACUCUACCGUUUGAUGAUGAAAACAUUCCCAACCUUUUUAAGAAGAUAAAGGGAGGGAUAUAUACUCUACCUAGCCAUUUGUCUGCUGGUGCUAGAGAUUUGAUUCCCCGGAUGCUCGUGGUCGACCCCAUGAAACGAGUAACCAUUCCUGAGAUCCGGCAACACCCUUGGUUCCAAGCUCAUCUUCCAAGGUAUUUAGCUGUUCCUCCUCCAGAUACGGUGCAGCAGGCGAAAAAGAUUGACGAGGAGAUUCUCCAAGAAGUUAUCAAUAUGGGAUUUGAGAGAAACCACCUCAUUGAAUCCCUCCGCAACCGGACCCAGAAUGAUGGGACGGUGACAUACUAUCUGAUACUGGACAACCGGUUCCGUGUCUCUAGUGGUUAUCUCGGGGCCGAGUUUCAAGAGACCAUGGAAGGCACUCCGCGUAUGCAUCCAGGAGAAAGCAUAGCGUCACCCGUUAGCCAUCGGCUUCCAGGACUGAUGGAAUAUCAAGGAGUUGGCUUGAGAUCUCAGUAUCCUGUUGAGAGAAAAUGGGCUCUUGGACUUCAGUCUCGGGCUCAUCCGCGUGAAAUAAUGACAGAAGUCCUGAAAGCCCUGCAAGAUUUGAAUGUGUGUUGGAAGAAGAUAGGGCACUACAACAUGAAGUGCAGAUGGGUUCCUAACAACGCAGACAGUAACUCGAUGCACGACAACAGCUACUUUGGAGAUGAUUCCAGCAUAAUAGAGAACGACGCAGCUGUGAAGUCCCCUAAUGUUGUCAAGUUUGAAAUCCAGUUGUAUAAAACUCGGGACGACAAGUAUCUGCUGGAUCUGCAGAGGGUACAAGGUCCUCAGUUCUUGUUCUUGGAUCUCUGUGCUGCCUUUCUUGCUCAGCUCCGAGUCCUCUGAAUAUUUAAACCGGAUCGACCUCUUCAACAAUAAAUCAUCCCACUCUCACUUCGUCUUCUUGAUUUAAGAAAGUGAACUUGUUUUUACUAUUUCUUUCUGUCUUCUUCUUCUUCAAAAAUUCCUCUUUCAACUAAGAUGUAAGACCGACCGACUCGAGUCACAAAAUAGAUGAAUCAAAACUUUGUACAUAACUUGUAGUGCAUUAUGCCACCAAGAUUGAUUUUUUUU